AUGCGGAUUUCUCCUCGUCUUUUCCUCUCAAAAGCCGAGCGCUUCGUUCCUAAGUCGGGCGUUUAUCCGCAAGGCUUUGCCGUGGGCGGAAUACACUGCGGCAUCAAAAAGCCCGAUGUUUUGGAUUUGGCCAUGCUCCAGAAUACGUCUGGAAAAGAUGCUGUUGCCGCUGCUGUGUUCACACAAAACAAGUUCAAGGCAGCGCCUGUGCAAGUUUCGGCAGAAAUCCUCGAAAAAAGCGGAGGUGCCAUCAAUUCGCUCAUUGUCAAUUCGGGAAAUGCCAAUGCAGUUACAGGCACCAAGGGAUUGGAAGAUGCUCGUAGCAUGGUGGCGGCUACAGACGAGGCUGCCAAAAACACAAAAACAGCGUCGCUCGUCAUGUCCACAGGCGUGAUUGGCAACCGGCUCCCGAUCGGGAAUAUCUUGAGCGGCAUUCCUGUGUUGGGCCAGCAGUUGGGCUCCACCCACGCCCACUGGCUCCAGUGUGCGCAGGCCAUCUGCACCACGGACCUGUUUCCGAAAAUGGUCUCGAAGCAAUUCUCCUUGAACGGCAACACGUACGCCUUGGCUGGUGUGGCCAAAGGAGCCGGCAUGAUCUGUCCGAACAUGGCAACUUUGUUGGGGUUCUUUGCCACAGACGCGCCCGUGUCACGUCUGGCCUUGCAGCUGAUCUUGGCUUUUGCCGUGGACCGCUCCUUCAACUCCAUUUCGGUGGACGGCGACAUGUCCACCAACGACACCAUAGUGGCCAUAGCCAAUGGCGCAGCAGGAGGACCUCUAAUCGAAAACGAAGACACGCCAGCUUUUGCAGCCCUCCGUGGCGAAAUCACCGCGUUUGCGCAGCAGUUGGCGCUGUUGGUGGUGCGUGACGGCGAGGGAGCCACGAAAUUCAUCACCAUUCGCGUUGUCAACGCGAAGCUGUACGCCGACGCCAAGUGUGUGGCGCUGACUGUGGCCAAUUCCUCGUUGUUCAAGACGGCCAUGUUCGGAAACGACGCCAACUGGGGCCGUAUUUUGUGUGCCAUUGGUUAUGCUCCGGUGUCUGGAAGUUCUGUUGACACAACUCGGACCAGCGUCUCUUUUGUGCCUUCCGAGGGCGAGCCGCUCCGCUUGUUGGUCAAUGGCGAGCCGGAAACGGUGGAUGAGAACCGGGCGUUGGAGAUUUUGCAAAAAAGAGGAUUUGGUGGUGGAAAUCGAUUUGGGCACAGGCGGAAACCAAGAGGCCACAUUCUGGACGUGUGA